GGGAGCCUCUGUACCAUGUCCUAUCCUCAGUUUGGCUACCCUUACUCCUCUGCACCCCAGUUCCUGAUGAGCACCAACUCCCUGACGACGUGCUGCGAGUCCAGCGGCCGGACCCUGUCUGAGACGGGGGCGGCCGCCUCCGCCCAGACCCCCGUGUACUGCCCGGUGUACGAGAGCCGCCUGCUCGCCACUGCGCGCCACGAGCUCAACUCCGCCGCCGCCCUGGGGGUCUACGGCGGGCCCUACGCCGGGCCCCAGGGCUAUGGAAACUACGUGACCUACGGCACCGAGGCUCCCGCCUUCUACUCCUUGAACAGUUUGGAUGCGAAGGACGGGAGCGGGUCUGCGCAUGCGGGGAUCGCGCCGGCGGCUGCCUACUAUCCCUACGAUCACACCCUCAGCCAGUACCAGUACGACAGGUACGGAACGAUGGACGGCGGAACGCGGAGAAAAAACGCCACCCGGGAGACGACCAGCACGCUGAAGGCCUGGCUGCAGGAGCACCGCAAGAACCCCUACCCCACCAAGGGAGAGAAGAUCAUGCUGGCCAUCAUCACCAAGAUGACCCUCACCCAGGUGUCCACCUGGUUCGCCAACGCCCGCCGGCGACUCAAGAAGGAAAACAAGAUGACCUGGCCCCCGCGGAACAAGUGCUCCGACGAGAAGCGGCCCUACGAGGAAGAGGAAGAGGAGGAGGAGGAGGAGAGUUCGCAGGAAGAGGCGAUGAAGAGCGGGAAAGCCGAGGAGCCCACGGGCAAGGAGGAGAAGGAGCUGGAGCUCAGCGACCUGGAGGACUUGGACGCCGCCGAGUCGGAGAGCUCGGAGUGCGAACUGAGGCGGCCUUUCCCGCACCCGCUCCCGCACCCGCUCCCGCACCCCGGCAGCCACCCGCCGCGGGCCGCCGAGCCCCCCGCCAAGAUGCCGCCUCCGGCAGCCGCCGGGGAGGAGGAGGAGGAGGCGGCGGCGGCGGCAGAGCGGGCGCGGAGCUGCCUGAAGACGGCGGCGGAGGAGUGCGGCCCCGACCCGCUGGGCGCCCGGCAGCGCGGCUGCGAGUCCAAGAUGUGCUUCCAGCAGGGGCAGCAGCUGCUGGAGGCGAAGCCCAGGAUUUGGUCCCUGGCGCACACCGCAACCUCCCUCAACCAGGCCGAGUACCCCUCCUGCAUGCUGAAACGGCCAGGGGGCUCGGCCGCCGCCGCCGCUCCCGCCCCGGUCAGCGUCAUCGACAGACACCAGGAUUCGCCGGUCACCAACCUCAGGAACUGGGUGGACGGGGUGUUUCACGACCCCCUGUUCAGGCACAGUACUUUGAACCAAGCCCUGAGCAACACGACAGUUUCCUGGGCUACCACCAAAGGAGCCAUUCUGGAAACGGGCGCCCUGGGACGCGCGGUGGGGAACGGCGCCAAUGUGCUCAAGGGGCAGCUCUCAAACCUGGCCCAUCAUGACUCAAACAAAGAGUUUCUGGCGUUUCCCAAAUCAGGAAGCAAAAUGUUUUGUUCCUAACAGGCCCGCCGAGGGGCGAGGGACUUGAAGAGUCAUCUACACUGAAAAGAGACUUGCAAGAAUUUAAAUAUAAAACUUUUUCUUUUUUUUUUUUAAACAAACAACAGAAACGAGGAUUUAAAGUUCAGUUUACUCAGUUCAGCGGACAGACUUUGCUCAUUGCUAUUCUGAAGAUUUUCUCCUGGCUGCGACUUUAAGGGAUCAAUGUCGUGAAAGUUAUUUAAUUUCCAUGUCCCAAAAGCACGUAUUAUAGCGUAGACCUACUUAAAAAGUUUACAUCCGAAAGUUUACAAACGGGAAAUUAUGAUUCAGAUUUAAUUUAAGGCAUGCCGAUAUUAGUUAUAAAGACUUUUCGAGAGUUUUUCCUCCUGAUUUCCUUGUUAGCAUAUAAUUCACAAACAGCACUUCUACUAAGUUUACACCUACUGCACAAAUUUAUCUUGACAAAAAAAAAAAAAAAAGAAUAUGUUAAAAGGUAUGCUCACUCCAAUAAAUUGUCUGUUUCAGAGGUAA